GCACAAGAUUUGCAUGAUCGUCGUGCGCGGGCUGCGGCCAGACGAAGAGGACGCGUGGCUGGACCAUGUCGCCGAGGUCUUCCGAAGCGGCGCAACGCGCGAGUACUUUGCCUCGCAUCUGCACAACGACGCGAGGGCGCUCGAGAGCUGGGACAAUAUUCUGGUUGCCAUCGACGAAGCAACGGGUGUCAUCGCUGCCAGCGUCCGCGUCGUGCCUCGCCACCAGUACUGGAACGGCGCCGCAGUCAACAUGAAUGGUAUUGCCGAAGUAUCGACAAAGGAGGCGUAUCGCCGUCGUGGCCUUGCAGCGCAGCUCAUGGAGGCCGCGAUUGCCGGCCCGAUGGCGACGUCGCACGUGUCCUGUCUCCAUACAAACUUCGAGCGCCUUGGCCACAUCUACGCACGGCAUGGGUACAUCUCCAUGCCGCACACCAAGAUGCUAGUGCGCCCCAUCAGCGGCGUGCCGGCCUCGGUGCGUCUCGUUCCGCUGGACCUCGAACGCGACUGGGACGCUUGUCUGCGAAUCUACACGGCCUUCUCGUCGCGCUUCAGCGGCCCUGUCGUCCGUGACCGCGAGUACAUCUUGCACUGGAUCCGAGCUCGACAUGCGCAAAAGUCCAUACGCUCGGUUGGCGCCUGGCGCGACUCGGAGCUCCUUGGCUACGUCUUUGCGUGGUCCGAGCCGAGCGAGAAGGCGGUUGAAGAGAUAUGCGUCAACCCGCUGUUGGCAACUGCCGAGCAAGAAGCCAUUGCGAACGCGCUCCUCGCGCAUGCGACGUCGCAGUCCGCGCUGGUGUCGGCGCCUGUCAUCGCAGCGUUGCACCUCACGGUGGCCGAUAGCAGCGCAGAGGCGAUUUGCGACUACGGCUGGAUGGCCCGCCCUCAUCCGGCACUCGGUCUCGCACCAUUUCCAGCCGACCCGCGCAACACUGUGUUUUGGGCCACGGACGACUUCUAG